UUUGUUAUUUGUCGGUUCGUGAUUUUGACGUGAUUGCGCUGUCCCCGGUUCUGAUGUUGUUUGUUCUGUAGUCGUUGUCCCAUUGCAGUUGUGAGAUUCCGGCCGUCGGCUUCCAUUCCGCUUGUCGUCGGUGGCUAGAGUGGCGUUUCCGUGAAAAUCAGGGAAUGAAUACCCGUAAAGUGGCUGGGAAUUCGCGAAUCCCCAGCGCUCCGAUGCACCCACACGUCAUCCCAGUGCCGCUUGGAUUGUGAAGAAAUUCGUGAGGCAGCAGGUCAGCAACUGCCCGUGGCCCGCCACUCUCUGAUUGGCGUGCAAUCGAAGUGUGAACGUCCGCGCGGAUUGCAAUUUUGCGAUUUGAUACCGCGAAGUGUUAUCUGUUGUGCAAGAAGUGCAUUCGCCUCUCGUUGACCCAGAAUCAGCUCUGGCUGCGUCGUCACAGUGGAGCGUCUCUGGCGGCCCGCGCAAAAGUAAGUGCAUCGGACCUGCCGCGGGAAAGCCCCCGUGACGCUGACGUCGACAUUCAUGCCCUAGAACGUCUGCUCACCUGCCCUGCGACCGGUUCCCGGAGAUUCCCAGUGUCGAGUGUGAAAGAUCCAAGGCAAUACCAGGGAAGGUGAAUCCUCCCCCAAAAGUGUACAGUGUCAAGUGGUCGCGAUCUAUCUGUUUGCAAGCUUCUCCCUCCGCCAGGACGUGAAGACAACCCCUCGCCGCAUCCUGUCCGCUCUAUGUGCACCCCGUGCCGUUCGCCUCUCGCCUACCUGUGACAUGUUUCUGCCCAAGGAUCUCCUCUGAGCAUCUCUCGCCUUGACCUGCUUAUCUAAGCGAGAAAAGAAAGGCGACGCGACGAGUCGAGAAAAAGUUGUCAGGUCCAGUUUGUUGCAUCGCAGUCCGACCCGUGCGAGAGAGGAAAAAUGAAUAGUUCAUUGCGAGCGCCUGCACCCGUCCCGGCCUCCGUCUCGGCCACGACCCAAGCUCACCUGCAUCCGUUUGUAAACAACUCGCUGGCGAUCCGACAGGAGAUCCAGCGGUUCGAGAGCGUCCACCCGUCGAUCUACGCAAUCUACGACCUGAUCGAGCUGAUCCCCGAUCACCAGAUUCAGCAGCAGAUACGCGACCAUGUCGUCUGUAUUGAAGACUCAUUUGUAAAUAGCCAAGAGUGGACGAUAUCACGUUCCGUACCAGAUUUACGACUGGGCAUAGUUGGCUCGUUGAAUUCUGGUAAAUCAGCACUUGUACAUCGUUACCUGACCGGUUCCUAUAUGCAAGAGGAAUCACCUGAAGGCGGACGCUUUAAGAAAGAAAUUUAUAUUGACAAUCAAAGCUACUUAUUACUUAUAAGAGAUGAAGGCGGACAACCUGAAAUGCAGUUCGCUGCAUGGGUGGAUGCCGUCAUAUUUGUAUUUAGUUUGGAAAACGAGGCUAGUUUUAACGCUGUUUAUAAUUAUUAUACAAAAAUGUCACAUUUUCGGAAUAGUUCUGAAAUACCAAUCAUUUUAGUCGGCACACAAGAUGCAAUAAGUGAACGAAAUCCUAGAGUCAUAGAUGAUGCACGAGCUCGGAAGCUCGCUAGUGAUUUAAAACGGUGCUCGUAUUAUGAAACAUGCGCAACAUAUGGCCUUAAUGUUGAACGCGUUUUUCAAGAUGCAUGUCAGAAAAUUGUUCAACAACGAAUCACGGCGCAAUGCAUGACCCCGACAAGUUCUCGGCCUACGACACCACAAGGAACCCGACUCGGUAUCGCUAGCUUUCACCAUUCAACACCUGCGAAUGGUUUCGCGACGUCUACACCAUCUUUAUUACCUGGUUCACAUCACAUAGGCGGAAAUUUAACAUUACCUCAUCGACAUCAUGCAUUGUCGACAUCAAGUCAUCACAUACCAAUUCGAAUAAGUGCAGACUUCGCACAUACCGAGCAACAACAUACGCAAAUGCACGCGCCUCAAAACCAUCAAAAGUGGGGAACAAUAUCACAUGGAACGUCCCAGCAAACAUUGAUAGCUAUGACGAACGAAAACAACAAUAUCCCAAAGUUUAUAUCGCCCAGCAAUCAACAUAUUCCUAGCAAUAAUCAACAACCAAAUGUAGAGAAUCUCGCACCGUUGACUCUAGUCCCGCCUGCAAAUAACAGCAAAGAUAUGAAAGAAUCGUCGAAUAGUAUAGGCGGAGGAUCGGGUACAGGAAAGGAAUUACCCACUCCCACAUCUACCCCGACUACUUCGCGGAAGAGUCGAAGAAGAUCAAAUUUGUUUAUACCUUCAUCGAAAAAGGGUGAUGAUAAACUUAAAAACGGCGAGCUAGGAAGCGGGCGAUCCAUUCCAUUGAAACAAGGAUACCUCUACAAACGGUCAAGUAAAUCCCUGAACAAGGAAUGGAAGAAAAAAUACGUUACCCUUUGUGAUGACGGUCGUUUGACCUAUCAUCCUUCACUACAUGAUUACAUGGACGACGUGCACGGAAAAGAAAUACCUCUGCAAUAUGUGACAGUGAAAGUGCCCGGUCAAAAGCCUCGCGGCUCCAAAUCAAUCAUAACGAAUAGCACUCUGACAACUUCAAACCAUAACGGUCUAUCUGAAGGCAUAGGUGGUCUUUCGCUGGCGAAAGACAAGAAAACGACGGAGAAAGUUCUUUUAACUGCUUUCGAGACACUUCGUGAGCCCGUCAAGUCGAAUUCUUCUCAGCAAACCAGCGGGGAUGAAGGGAUCGCAAUGAGCAAUAGCAAUUCACAAACUUUCCUGCCGAGCGACAACAAUCAGUCAAAACUGGAAAGUCAAACGCCGAAUGUGAAGAAACGACACCGGCGAAUGAAGAGCAGUGGGGUGAAAAAUAACGAUAUCGAAGACUCUGAUGGGUUUGAGUUCUACAUUGUAUCGUUAGAUAACAAACAAUGGCAUUUUGAGGCAGCUAAUAGCGAGGAACGUGACGAAUGGGUGGCUGUUAUUGAACAGGAGAUUUUCAAAUCACUCCAGGGGAUCGAAUCGAGUAAAAUGAAACCAGCUACUUCGAGUGAAGUGGCAAGCAUGCUUUCGAUCCGUUCUAGAGUACCCGGUAAUGGAUAUUGCGUCGAUUGUGAUGCAGCCAAUCCUGAAUGGGCUAGUCUUAAUUUAGGCGUACUAAUGUGUAUCGAAUGCUCUGGAAUACAUCGAAACUUAGGGUCACAUAUAUCCAAAGUUCGAUCAUUAGAUCUUGACGAUUGGCCUCCUGGUCAUUUAAGUGUAAUGUUAGCUAUCGGAAAUAGUUUAGCGAACUCAGUGUGGGAAGCAAAUGUACCGCGUGGACGAAUGAAACCAACAGCCGCAUCACCACAUGAAGAAAAAGAGGCUUGGAUACGGAGUAAAUAUGAGGCGAAGGACUUCUUAGCGCCUUGCAAUUAUACGAACAAUCUGGGACAACAUCUAGUUGAAGCCGUGAUAAGAUCCGAUAUGAAAAAUAUCAUUCAUUUAUUGGCUUAUGCAACCCCCGAUCAGAUCAACACAACUGUGAGUGCUAGAGAUUUACGGACGCCACUACACUUGGCUUGUGCAAUUGGAAAUUUAGCAAUAGCUCAACUGCUGAUUUGGAAUAAUGCGAAUAUUAAACAACUUGACCACGACGGCCGAACAUGCCUUGCGUACGCUCGAGCCGCUGCGUCGCUAGCAUCAGCCAAAACUCAGUGCACCACGACAUCAUCAAGCGCAAGCAACAGCAGUACAGCUUCCUCAACAGGAUCUGGCACGAAUGGAGGAGUCACGAACGUGCAGUAUUCCGUGGAGGAAACAAACGCCUUAGUAGAUGUUCUCAUUGGACUUGGCUGUCCCGAUUCGGCUCCACUCACCGCAAGCGGUACCUUACCACGAAGACGUGAUACGCUUGGUACAACCUAUGAAAAAUUACCCUCAGGUGUUAUAUAAUUUUUAUUUGGGACCGAAUUAGUGAUGGGUCCCCGAUGUUAUCGCCCCAUCUCAGUUACGUUUUCAUCUUUACCAAGAGCUUUUAAGUUAACAUUAAAUAUAUUGUUUUUAUUUUGUUAAUGUAUAUGUUCGGUUGAUGUCUCUAAAGAGGGAACUGGAGUAUCCAGGCAUUUUGAAGGCAGGACUUAAAUGGAAUUAGAUUUUGACCUAUGUACUCAGCUCUCUAAUACAAUUCUGGACAAAGGCAAACAUGCCGCUUUUAUUUACCUAUGUAAAGUAGCAAGAACACUCUGGAAAAGGUCAACUGUUUCAAAUAAAAUCAUUUCUGGCCUAUUUGUUAUAUAUUGAAAAGUGGAGCUUACACAUUGGUCAGGUUCGGCAAACGUCGUAAUGCUGAUUUGCUAAACCUACUGCCACUUCCUGGUCCUAAUUUCGCACAUUUCUUAAUUUUCGUUGUUUAUAUUUUAGUCUUUAUUUUAAUAUAAAACUGAAUGUGAUUUCCCUUUUAUUGUUGUAAUAUUUUAUUUUUAUUUCCUAACCUUUGUCUGUAUAUUCCAAAUUACUCAGUGGAAGCUAAGAAGCUUUCACACAUGUAUGUAUGUAUAUCUCGUGUAAUUAUUAAUUGAAAUAAACGCAAAAGUUUUAUAUCAUAAAGUCUAUAUUCAAAAGUCGCUGAAAAUUCGAUACAAGCACGCAAUUUAUCAUUAUAUCCGGCAACCACUAAAAGAUCAAGUUCGGGAAUGGAAAACAUAACGGAACAGAAGCGCUACUUUAGUAAAUUAUUGAAUUCUAUAUUAUAAGAGGCUCAGGCUAGUGUACGAUAUCAAAUUGAAAUUGUCUAAGCUUAUUUCCAAAAGUAACGUUGUAAAUGAGCGACGCCCACUUAAAAUGGGGCACAGCUUGCUUCGUAUCAAUCGUUUUGCAGUUUUCACGAAGUUGCGUCGUGAUACAUAUGUUCUCGCACUGUCCCUCGAUCAACAAUGUAAAACUUACAGUUUAUGGCUAGUAAAUAUCAAAUGUUUUUACGUUAUAUCUGUUAUUUAUUUAUUUUAACUUAAAGCAAUUAAGCGAAUAAACCAAGAGCAAAACUGUCGGAAACAAAAUGUGACGAUUGCAAAAACAAUAGCAUUUUAUGUAUUGCAAAUUAUAAAUGGAAAAAUGCAUGAACUUAAAUUAAGUGACGUUUUCAAGGAAAUGAAAUAAAUCACUAAACAAGGCUAAUGUAAAAAGGUAUUUUAGUCGUAACGGCACCGACUUCCUGGACAAAAUGAUAUUCGAGCAAAUUGGAAGAAAUAUAUUUGAAGAUAUAAAUAAAUUCGAGAUGAAGCUUAAAA